GUCUCUUCACAUGAAACAUCUACUUCCAGAGGUGAAAUCAAAAUAGCCGAUUUUGGACUGGCUCGUUAUUAUUCUUCCGAUCAAGAGCGAUUGUACACAAAUCGAGUAAUAACGUUAUGGUAUCGACCUCCUGAGUUAUUAUUGGGUGACGAACAUUAUGGCCCAUCAAUUGAUGUUUGGAGUAUUGGAUGCAUUCUUGGAGAAUUCUUUACGAGGAAGCCGCUUUUCCAGGGAAAUAAUGAAUCGAUGCAAUUAGAGCUCAUAUCCAAGGUCUGUGGCACACCGAGCCCCGCAAACUGGCCAGAUGUAGAAAAAAUGCCUCUUUAUGGUACUUUGCGGAGUAAACGUCAAUAUGUUCGAUGUCUGCGCGAAGAGUUCUCCCAAAUAAUGCCGUCUGGAGCUAUUGAUCUUAUGGAUAAAAUGCUUUUACUCGAUCCAAAGCGCCGAAUCUCAGCUAAAGAUGCUAUCAGCCAUUACUGGAUCAAAAAUUUCGAUUAUACCACAGUUCCACCGUUAAGACUACCGCAACAUCAGGAUUGCCAUGAAUUGUGGAGCAAGAAGCAGCGAAAAGAGCGCCGUUCAAACAAUCCCAAUCCAAAAGUUGCUCAGUCCUCUGAAGGACAAGAGUACGAAACAGCCAGUCAUUCGGCUGGAACUAGCAGUCAGAUGCAAUAUGACAGACGCCGAGUCUCUCCAUCGAAUGGAUUCGUGCACCAAGCUAACCCUUCGAGACCAGAAGCCAUCGAACAGUCUAUCAACGCUGCUCUGCAUGGUUCGGAUCCGUCACAGUUGCUGAGAUUGUUACAGUAUACCAAUCCAGCAGAAGACACGCGUAUUUAUAGCAGAUUA